AUGGGGAGGAACAACCUGACCUGGGUGAGUGAGUUUGUCCUGCUGGGCCUCUCCGGGGACCGGCAGACCCAGGCUGGGCUGUUUGUCUUGUUCGGGGCCACCUAUCUGCUGACCUUGCUGGGCAACGGGCUCAUCCUUGUCCUGGUCCGGCUGGACCCGCGCCUCCAGCUGCCCAUGUACUUCUUCCUCAGCAACCUCUCCGUAGUGGACAUCUGCUACACCUCCACCGGGGUUCCUCAGAUGCUGGCGCACUUCCUCCUGGAGAAGAAGACCAUCUCCUCCACCCGAUGUGGUACCCAGCACUUUUUCUCGCUGGCCCUGGGGGGCACCGAGUUCCUGCUGCUGGCCGCCAUGGCCUAUGAUCGCUACGUGGCCGUCUGCGACCCCCUGCACUACGCGGCCGUCAUGGGGCCGCGGCUCUGCGCAGGCCUGGCUGCCAUCUCCUGGCUCGUGGGCCUGGCGAACGCGGCGGUGGAGACCGCAGUCACCGUGCGUCUGCCCACCUGUGGGCGCCACGUGCUGAACCACGUGGCCUGUGAGACACUGGCGCUCGUCAGGCUAGCCUGCGUGGACGUCACCCUCAACCAGGCGGUCAUACUGGCAUCCAGCGUGGUGGUGCUUUUGGUGCCCUGCUGCCUGGUCGCACUGUCCUACGCGCGCAUCGUGGCGGCCGUCUUGCGGAUCCGCUUCAGCGCGGGGCGCCGCAAAGCCUUCGGGACCUGCGCCUCGCACCUCACCGUGGUCUCCAUGUCUUACGGCAUGGCCCUGGUUACCUACAUGCAGCCCCGCACCACCGCCUCCACCGAGCAGGACAAGGUGGUGGUGCUCUUCUACGCGGUGGUGACCCCUAUGUUGAAUCCGCUCAUCUACAGUUUGAGGAACAAGGAGAUAAAGGCUGCUCUGACUCGGGUUCUGACGAGGAGCUCUGAAUCAAAAUGGUAG